AAGUUUUGUCCCACCACAAAACGCUCUCGCCCUCAGACGCAGAGCACCGUCCCAGGAGGAACAGUUCCAUCGAAGAGUUCAGCCGGAAGGGAUUGAACUGUCGGGAUCACGUUGAAAAGUUCAAUCAGUAAGGAUUGAAUUGUCGAGAAUAGAGUGGUUUUCGUUGAAGAUUUCAAUUAUAAAGGAUUGAAUUGUCGCGAGUAGUGCGGUUUUGUUGAAAAUUUUAGUCCGAAGGCACUAAAUUGUCACGGGAAGAGCAAUUUUCGUCGAAGAUUUCUGUCGAACUUUCGCGAAAUGCGGUUAAUUUUAGCAGCCCUAGCCGUAGCCUGCUGUGUGCUCUACUAUGUUGCCAAGUUUGUCCGUAGUUACUACAAAGCGUACCAGCAUCUGAAAGUGGUCCCUGGGCCACCGCGGGACAAUUUAAUCUUGGGACAUGUUAAAGAUCUCUUCUUGGAUCCUGCAGAUUUUAUCGAAGAAUCAAGGGAGCGUUUAAAACUCUACGGACCGAUUCAGAAGGUGUUCUUGAUCACUCAUCCCUUCGUGCUGGUUGCUGGAGCUCAAUACGCAGAGGUAUUUUUUACGAACAAGCAUCUGCAGUGCAAAUCGGAACUUUACAGAUUCAUGCACUUUUGGCUGGGCCAAGGACUUUUAACAGCUUGUGGGCCAAGAUGGCAGAAAAGCAGAAAACUUCUCACGCCAUCUUUUCACUUCAACAUCUUGAGCAGAUUUUGUGACGCGUUCACGGACAACUCCUUGACUUUGGUCGAGAAAGUACAUGAGGCUGGUGGAGUUUCAAUUGAUGUUUUCAAGCUGAUGGGGCUCAUUGCUCUAGACAAUCUUUGUGAUACCGCGAUGGGUGUGAAAAUCGACGCUCUAAGAGAUCCGAAAAAUCUUAAGUACAUUAUUGCUACCGAAGAGGCGACCCAUACCAUGAUGUCCAGAAUGUUCAAGCCGUGGUUAUGGAAUGAUAGCAGUUUUUACAUGCUAUCGAUUGGCCGAAAAUUAAGAAAAGAUGUGGACAUUGUCAACAAAAUAAACCAUAAGAUUAUUGAAAAGCGAAGAAUCAUUAGAGCACUGAAAGAGAAAGAAGAGCAAAGCAAAUCGGAGAGUGAAGAGUCCCAACUUGAUGAGUCCUUUGAGUCAACCGAUUCCAGCAGUUCUACUGGCAAAGGCAAGAAGAAUCUGAUUUUCCUAGACCAACUGAUCGAAGCAGUUGAAGAUGGAUCAUUUCCUUUCUCAGAGCAGGAUAUGAGAGACGAGGUUGCCACUUUUAUGUUUGAGGGCCACGAUACAACUACAUCUGCACUGGCAUUCACCGUCUGGCUUUUAGGACUUCAUCCAGAGUGUCAGGAAAAAUGCUAUCAAGAGCUCUACAGCAUUUUUCAAGACUCGGACCGAAGGCCAAACAUGGAUGACUUGUCAAGCAUGAAGUAUCUAGAGCAGUGUAUCAAAGAGGGAUUAAGACUGUUUCCUAGCGUUCCACAACUGUCAAGAGAAGUGCCAUGUGAUAUUCCUAUGGGUGACUACACAUUGCCAGCCGGCACAAAAUUUAUCCUAAGUGUUUUCGGUCUUCACCGUGAUCCAAAAUACUUCCCUGACCCAGAGAAGUUCGACCCUGAACGCUUCACCCCGGAAAAUAGCAAGGGAAGACACGCAUAUGCUUACGCUCCUUUCGCUGCUGGUGCUAGGAAUUGUAUAGGUCAGAAAUUCGCUAUGAUGGAGAUGAAAAUUGUAAUUUCCUAUCUCAUCCGAAAUUUCACCUUCAAAUCAUCCUACGACCAGUCGGAAUUGUAUGUGGUGUUCGCUCUCAUUCUUCGAUCUGCCAAGAACCUCGAAAUGACAUUCACGCCCAGGAGGAAACACCAAAAUUCACUACGCUAACACGCUCUCCUGUGAAAAACCACCUGGGCAAUAAACGCACAGCUUCAAGACGUCCUCAUCAAAACGGACCACUAGACUUUGACAAUGCAUAUUGCUCGAUAUUUGCAUCGAUGUUUCGACAAAGUUGCAGGAAACUGGUUUUUUUCUCCAGAAAUAUCUGGGUCACUUUUGUGCCAGGUUCGUUACGUACUGAUUUGAGCAUCCUACUUUCCAUAGUCCAGCUUACUUCAGGGUCCUUCUUAAAGCGUACUGUGCGAGCUCUUUUACAAAUGGGCAAGUUUAAUACGUCGCCCCUCUGACGGAAGGACGCAUCUCAAUUCCCGCAUGUGAACCCUAUUUCGCAUGUAAAUUCAUGAUUUCUGGCAGUGGGGUGGCGUGCUUUGCCGUAUAUCGAUAUUUCCCCAUUUGAAGCUGUCGUAAAUAAUCGAUUAUUAAGGUGUUCGCUGCGAACACCCUGUUUAUCGAUACUUUUCCAUAGGUUUAAAUGGCCGAUCAAUCGAUAAAUCGCAAAGCACGCCUAGUCACUGGAGCUCAUGCGGAAAUCGAUGUACGUCACAGGAGCGACGAAUAGUGAGGGACCAAGCGCCAAGGCCGCAUUUUUUGAAAAACAUGAGUUGCCAAUAAUUUCAAAAUUCGGCAGUAUCAAAAUCCAAGAAUGAAUAAUUGGUGCUAUUUCACGUGCAAACUCUGAACUCAUUUUCGGCACCGACGCGUCCAUGGAAUAAGAAUAAAACAUUGUACCUCAUAUCCUCUGGCCUAACUUAGUGUAAUGUGUUUCCUCGUUACUCCAAAUAAUCUGAAUUUGGCAUGACGGGGUCAUAAUCCUAUUUGAGCAUCGCGGAAACGAAACAUCUGCCAGUGAUAUUCCUGUAUGAUACGCGCUAUCAUGAACGCGUCCAUGAACCUGCCUUUCUGCCAAAUUCGGUCCAAAGGUCUGGUUUCAUUUCAGUCAAAUGAUUCUGUUUCCCAUGCCCAGACUAAGAGAAUGUAAAAACUAUUUAAGCAAGACACUUUUUUACGAGAUAUUUCGUAUCAUGUGAGAGUACUUAUCAAUGUAUAUGCAGCAGUGGUUGGAGAAUUUCUUGCAUUUGCCCUAUUCCGACGUGAUUAACAAUCAUUAUAGGAUAAAAAGCUACUUUUGAGAGAAAUAUCACACUGAGUGCAGUAAAGUAAAAUAUUCUCAUUUGCUUGUACAAAAUUAUUGUAAAUAAAUAUUUUUGUUUUUUUUUACAUAAAA